UUUUGAUAAAAGUACAUAAGCCAUUUAAGACUGUGGUUAAUGUUAAAACCCAUAUUUCUUCAAUCUUUAAGGUUCUAGAAAACUCUUCAGCUCAGUCUAAAUCAGACCAAAAGCAAGGCUGCAUAGUUGCUGUUAUGCCACAGAAGGAGCUUGAGCAAGAUCCUCCUCAGUGCUCUCCGUUCUAUUGCUGUGUAAACGAUGCAAGCUUUGAAUUCAAAGAAGGUGACUCAUGCUGCUUUCCAUAUUUCUGAUUGUUUUGACUAGUCGAACCUGGAUCAGUUCUCUCAAACUACAAGUAUAACAAAAAGGAGGAUGUAUUCUCUUCAGAUCUUAGUGAGGAAGAAAAGAGAGAGAAAACAGUGCAUUCCCAAUUAUUAGAGAAUUUACAAUUUUGCACUCCUCAUUCUCUCUCAGAAGCUCAAUUAAGGGAAGCCGAUUUUUAUAUCACUGCUGCUAAAGCAGCUUUGUUUGGGAGAGACAUCAUCAACACCAGAGGCUCUGAGGCUGAUCCUGCUUUUAUGGAAGAGCAGAUUAGAAAUGUAGCCGAGGGACUAAAUUUAUUUUACAGUGUUGGUAAAUCUGCUCAAUCAGAUCCUAGGCUAGUCAGUGUUUACUACAAGGGAAAUCCAGAUUCUGAAGAAACCAAUUAGGCUGUUAUUGGUUCUAUGCUCACUAUGUACUGUGAUAAAGAAGGAGCAGCAGCUGCACUUGGAGUUUGAAGGGAGCAAUUGAACUUGAACUUCCUUUAAACAUUGCUUUUAGCUUUGGAAUUGCUGAGAACUCCAUAGACUCUAAAUCAUAUAAGCCAGGAGACAUUAUUAAAAGUUUGAAGGGACUUACAGUGGAUAUUGGUAAUACAGAUGCUGAGGGAAGACUCGUUCUUGCUGAUACAAUGACUUGGACUCAAAAUAAAUUUAAUCCUAGCAAUAUGAUCAAUCUUUCUACAUUAACUGGAGCUGUACAAGUUGCUCUUGGAGGAAAUAUUGCAGGAAUCUUUACAAAUGAUGAAAAGUUUAUGUCUAAAUUCAAGAAAGCAGGUGAUUCAAUUUAUGAGCAACACUGGCAUCUACCAAUAUAUGAUGACCACAGAGAAGAUAUGAAAUCAGAUAUUGCAAAUCUAUCAAAUACUGGCAAAUCUCGAUUUGGAGGAUCAAGCACUGCAGCUGCAUUUUUAGAGAAUUUUGUUGAGAAAGAUACAAAAUGGAUCCACUGCGAUAUUACUGGCCCUGCAUAUUUAGACAAACCAUUUGAGGCUAUGUCUGCUCAUGGAAUUGGGUUUGGAAUCCAAACCUUGCUAAAAAUGUUCAGAGAUCAUUAA